UGCUUGACUUGGAAAUGCGAUCUAUAAAAUCUUCAAAAUCAAAACUGUGCGAUACUAAAUUAAUAUAGUGAAAUAAAUUAAAAGCUAAAAUUGGUAUAUCGAUAUACUAUUACAUUCAAAAUAUACGAGUACAAAAUAUUGCAGUGUCACUGCAGAGGUCGUGUUCUGGUAUUGAGUUAUUUCUUAGAUAACUUCUAAAACGGUCUAAUAACAAUCAACUUUUCAGGAUUCAUAAAUACUCGUAGGUAUGCAUGUGUAUAUACAGGUUAUUAGGGAACGUAUUAUCUAAUUUCACAUAAUGUAUUGCAGCGUGGGCGAGAAACCUUGUGAACCUCAACGUGAUAUACAUAUAAUAUAUAUGCGUAACGCGAAUGUUAAAAAAAAUAAAACAACGAUUUUAUAUAUUGGUUCCGCCUCAACCAUAACCACAAUCACACACACACAGUCAUACUGCUCUCACGGUCGCGCGCGAAUAUAUUACAACGGUAGUCGGUCAUUGCUGUGUCUCCUCGUUCUAUUGACAACUUUGUGUUCAAGUGCAGUUUAUUAACUUAACGCAUUUGUUUCCAAUGAUUUGUUGGUCGAUGAGGAUGCCCGCGCCGAGUCCAUGACGACAACGCGACGAAUUUCGUCCGAGCAAGUCGCCAUCUGGAGGAGCUAAGGAAGCGAGUCAAGAAGCGGAUGCGAAUUCGCGUUCAUACCGUAGAGGGCUCCUCACUUCGGUGGACUAUGGGAGGCAGGUGUAAAGUCUGCAAAGUAUCUACUCAAACGGACGGUGGGCAACGCUCUGCUCACGGUCGAGGAACUGCAGACCGUGGUCGUGGCGGUCGUGACGGUGCUCAAUUCCCGCCCGCUAGGGGCCGUCAAUCAAGACCCAAUCGACGGCGAGGCAUUAACCCAAUGGCACGUACUGGUGGGCGGCCCACUGGUGGCACCGACAGCGUCGCGGACACUGGACCAGAAGGAUCUGAGCUGCUUAAGGCGAUGACGAGCUGUCUCGACGCUCAAGCGAGCGUUCUGGCAGUAUGUGCUGGGCCUGCAGGCACGGGCCAAGUGGGACCAGUCGCAGCCAAAUCUUCAAGUCGGAGAGCUCGUCGUCGUCGCAGAGGACAACCAGCCGCCGAUGCAGUGGAUGGUGACACGAGUCGUGGCGGUGUACCCACGGGGCGGUGCGCGUCGCAGACGUGCGAGCUGGCGCGGGAGGAAUGUUCAAGCAGCCAAUACACGAACUGGCGCCUCUGCCAGUUGUAUGAAGGCACAGCCGUUCAUAGGGGCUUGUAUUGGCGCAGUUGGUUGAAUUAAUUUAAGAGCAUUAAAAAUGAAGUUGUUAAAAUUAGGGCGAAGCGAGAGCGCAAUAAAGCCUUCAAGUUGCUCUCUGAGCGAAUUCGCCUCGCUUCGCCGCUUUAGUUAAAUUAGGCUUAAUGUAACUUAACAUUGAAAUUAUAAAAGCAGUUAAAAACAGAAGUUACAGCUCGUCGUCAUUUUCGUUAUCGUUCUUGUUUCGUUGCUCAACAACAAUUAGGUCCAUUUUACUUCGUUCGCGAGCAAAGCGGAAAAAUAUAUUACAAAAACUCUUGUGAUUUUCCACUAGCUUUAAAAUUAAGCUUGUUUUUCGAUUUUUGUUGAUUUACGGGGGCGGAAGGGGGCGUGACGAAAAUUUGAAACAAACUUGAUCUGCGUGCAAACAUAAAAAAUGUUGUCGAAAAAAAAUGGUAGCUCUAUAUCUUAUAAUCUCUGAGAUCUGUGUGUUCAUACGGAAAGACAGCCAGACGGAAAUGGCCUCUCGGCUGUUGACACUGAUCAAGAAUAUAUACGUAAGAUGGAAAGGACGAUGAGUCGGUGAAAACGGACAUCGAUAUAUCGGUGUGAGUAAAUAUCAAUUGGUCGACGUGAGAAAGUAUCGAGGAGCCGCCGUGAGCAGAAAUCGGAGUCGACAGAAAGAACAAGCAGUAGUACGAGCAGAGCCGUGAUCGGCAGUAUCCCAGAACACCCGUGCGUGUCAUCAUUUUUAGCAAUAUUAAAUUGUCAAUUAUCUUAAACUUACCUCAUAUAAAACUAUA